AAAAUCCAAACCCUUAUCAUCAUCGUCUCCAAAUAUCCUCCUCCUCAGCUUGCUUGGGAUUCCAUCUAGCUGGGUAAAUCACAGUACGUGCGUUUUCGAUCUCGUUUGAUAUAGAUAUAUAUAUAUAUAUAUCUGAGGGCUACCUAGCUGGGAAGAUGAAGAUUCAGUGCGAUGUGUGUGAGAAAGCUCCGGCGACGGUGAUUUGUUGCGCUGACGAGGCGGCACUGUGUGCCAAAUGUGAUGUUGAAGUGCACGCAGCAAAUAAACUCGCAAGCAAGCACCAGAGGCUUCUUCUUGAAUCUCUAUCCAACAAGCUCCCUAGAUGUGAUAUAUGCCAAGACAAGGCAGCUUUUAUAUUCUGUGUCCAAGACAGAGCCCUCUUUUGUCAGGAUUGUGAUGAAUCAAUUCAUUCAGCCAAUAGCCUCUCUGCCAACCACCAGAGGUUCCUCGCCACUGGAAUCCGAGUUGCAUUGAGCUCUCCUUGUACUAAGGACGCUGAAACAAGUAGCUUAGAGCCACCCAAUCAUAGUCCACAGCUGGUUUCAACAAAAGUGCCAACGCCACAUGCUUCUCUCAUCUCAUCUCCUUGGGGUGUUGAUGACUUGCUGCAAUUAUCAGAUUUUGAAUCUUCUGACAAGAAAGAGUCGCUUGAGUUUGGAGAGCUUGAAUGGAUAGCAGAUAUGAGUCUUUUUGGUGAGCAGUUUCCUCAGGAGGCUCUGGCAGCAGCUGAAGUACCUCAGCUUCCAGUAUCACAAUCGAGCAACUAUACGUCAUAUAGACCCCCAAAAUCAAACAGUCCAUACAAGAAGCCUAGGAUUGAAAUCCCAGAUGAUGAUGAUGAGCAUUUCACUGUUCCUGAUCUUGGCAUAUUUUAGACAUGUAUCAACUUGAUGGAUUAGUUGAUAGGUUGAAUUAUAUAUGUUUAUGCUUUAGUGAAUACAUACUAAUAUGUAUUGAUGUAUGUAUGAAAGAAUUUAUGAUACACUUCAUGAUUUUAUGAUCUUGUGGUAGUAAAUUUUUCUACUUCAGGGGAUUUGCUUCUCA